GCCAUGUAUCCCAAUCUCAUACUUACACGCUGCUUGCUACUCUGGACCUUUACCUCAUCCACAGUAGCAGCUUGUCUCCAAAAGCCCCUCUCUUUUGCCAUUCAAGAUUUGGAGCUCGCAAACAAAGCGAACGUCAGGGGUAUAUCGUUAGGUAUAGGGUCGCCGCUUCAGAACAUCUCCAUACUCGCUAGCGCCGAUUAUAAUGAAACUUACAUCUAUGGACCCAAUGGCUAUUGCGAGUCGGGCUUCUCAACAACUGCCUGCAUGACCUUCCGCGGAGGGGCAUACAGCCUGGACAAUUCUUCCACCAAAAUUACUGCCACAACUAGAUUUCAGAGCGACAGAAUCGAUGCGCAAUGGAUGAAAGAUACAUGUCAUCUCCAAUCCAAUAUAUCGCUGGAAAAUUUCGCAUUCGGAAUUCCCAACAAAGACCUCAAUCAAGCCUACGUCAGUCAAGCUCAGUUAGGUCUCGGUCGCAACUCCUCCCUCCUCAAUACUCUAAAGAAGGCCGAGCGCAUUAGCUCUCGAGCCUAUUCCAUCUUCUGGGGUCUGGCGAGCGGCCCAGUAAACCAGCAAACGCCGGGUUCUCUCAUUCUUGGCGGCUUCGACCAAUCCCUCGCAGGAAACGGAGAGAACUUUACAGCGGCUCUGAACUACAAGUCAAAUUGUUCCACCGGUAUGCUCGUUACAAUCAACGACAUGUCCCUAAAUUGGCCUAACGGAUCGGAUAUGAGUAUUUUCAUGGGCUCCCAGAGUUCUGUAAUUCAAGCGUGCAUUGCACCACAUUUCGCGGGGCUGAUGACGAUGCCGUUCGAUUAUUGGAACAAUAUGAGAGCCUUAAUAGGAGGCACAUAUCUAGGUGAUGCAAUGAGGAGUAAAGGGUUUAAUUUUUUCACGGUACUGUUUGAACCUGAUGGCGUCUACUACGGCGACCUCACGAUCUCCCUCCAAAACGGUAUCUCAAUCCGCAUCCCUAAUACGCAACUCGUCGUCCCGGAACCCCUUAUCAACCAGACAACAGGUGCGGUCGUGCAAAACACAUCUGUUCGCAACAUCCCCAUCAACCCUAUCCAGAAUAUCAAUGAAAACGAUCUCCCGGUUAUCGGUCGCCUGUUCUUUAGUAGCGCGAUGGUGCUUGUGAAUCAUGAUAGUCAGGAAUUUACGCUCUGGCAGGCGGAUGGAAAAGGGGGUGGAGAGAGGGCGCAGCUGAGGGUCGUUGAUGAAAGUGGUGGUAUUGGAGAUGUUUUCUGUUAUGGGAAUGGGAGUUUAAAUGGGAACUCUACGGGUAUGCCGAGUUCGAUGGUGCCUAGUGCAACCUCUGCACCGGCUUUGGUUUCGCAUUCCACGGCGCGUUUGUCAGGUGGUGCGGUUGGAGGUAUCGUUAUCGGUGUUAUUGUUGCCUUGGCGGUUAUCAGUGGAAUUUGUUUCUUCCUCUUCCGAAAGAGGCAGAGGCACAGAGCAGAAGCGGAGGGAAAGCAUACUGAAGCGGCAACUAUAGAGGGCAUGAAGCCACCUACACCGCCCUAUCACAGCCAUCCGAAUUUUCGACAUCAUCCAGCGGAGAUGCCGACGGGAGAUGAUGAAAAGGUGGAGCUGGAACAGAGGGUGACGGAAUUGGUUGAUCCGGUCGAGUUGGACUCGUGGGAGUUGCGGAGGUAG